GAAUAUUUUCAUUGAAUAUCUGUAUUUAGAAAUUGAAAUAAAAUGAAUUUCUUGUAUCACUUACUUUUUCUAGCACUGGUUGCUGGACUUGUACUGGCCGACUCAUCGGACUCCAGCGACUCUGAUAGCGACUCCAGUGACUCGAGCGACUCAUCCGGCCAUAAGCACCAUAAGAAACACCACAAAAAGGACCACGAUCACGUUGUCUAUGUCCCUGUCUACCAGGGUCAAACCACAUCCCGACCCGUUGUUCGAGUUUAUUUCGACUUAAUCGGAAUGCUCAAUGACAAUGGCCUUGGUCAACUCGCUGUAACCUACCACGAUCGCCUAUCCGACCUGGGCACAAACCUGCGCCUGUUUUUCAAUACCUUUGAAAAUGACCAUGAUAACUUCGACUUCAUCAUGAAGGAGGACGUGGCCGAUAUGCUGGCGGACUUGCGCACCGGUUUGCAGCACUUCGGCGACAAAUUGGGCCACAAAUCCACCAAAGACUUCGCCGAUCGACUGAAGCACGUGGAGGACAGGCUCGAUAAGCUCAGAGACUAUACCCGCAAGUCGUUCGACGAGAUCACCAAGCACGAACACGAGGGUCACCACGAUUCAAUCUACAAGCAACAUAAAUUGGGUGAUGCCCUAGUCAAAUUAUCGGAGGGUUUGGGCGAUUCAAUCGGCGCUGAUAAUUUGUUGCAAUUUCAACGUGUCCUUGCUGCUUUCUAUGGUGACAUGGAUCAAUCACUCGACAAUGUCCUACAUCAACACGUAGCCUAUAUAGAGGUCGAUGGACAGGUACCCGCCAAGUACUCUUAUUUGGUGGACUUCCAUAACGAGUUGAACGCCGAUUUCGAUGAUAUCAAGGCAACCUUUUACGGACCACAAACUACUAGCAUUGUCUAUACUUUCUAAACCGUUAACCGCAUA